GCCACCUGAGACGACGAGCUCCCAAGCUUCCUUCUCUGUUUUGGGGUGAAUCUCAUGCUGGCGGUAGCUUCGUACUGCCAUCAUCAACGAAUGCACGCUUGGCCUUUCCAACGACGCCAGCAUCAUCAACCGAGAUGGACAGAGGUGGCCACCACCGUCGCCGGCCAUCCAAUAUGCAGUCAUACGCACCGUGCAGAGGUGUUGACACCGCCGCAUAGACCUGCAGUCCUUGUCUGCCGUGCAUCUCAUCAUACUAUCCUCCCAUGCAGCGGGUCUGUCCGAACUAGAUGACGACCGCUGCGAGCCGCCGCCUGAGUCCGCAGGGCGCGCAGCACCCAUGCAGAGUGCCCUGGCUAUGACUGCAGCUCCACGUGCGGCGCUUGGCGCGCGCCAUGGCAUUCAUGCUUUGAUCGCAUGGGCAAAUGGGCCUCGCCGUCAACCGCCGCCAAAGGAGCGAGCGCAUGGCGUCCUCGCCCACGUGGGUGGUCCGUACCGAGGCCGCGCCCAUGAUAGCGCCGUCCUGGGGUGGCCCACGGCCGGCCAUCGGGCCUCGACGAGCGUCGCUUCGGCCGCGUCCGCCGGCGAGGUGGCCACAAAUAGAGCGGGCCAACGUGUCGCAGGUGGUAUAUAUAUUCCAUUUUUUUUAAAUACUCGAUAUUUGUAUGCACUUGCACGGUGCAAAAUAUUAUGACGUCGCUGGAUCUCGGAAUAUUUGGCGGCCGCUUGACAGAACCACGAUGGCCCCAUCGCCGAUGCAGCCGACGCGCCCGAGCCCGGGCCGGUCGCCGCGCAACGACCAGGACGAGCGCGAGGAGCGCAUCUUGAUCCAGAACGACGCGCUGUACAAUGCGGGCCCGCCGGCCAAUGCGAAUGCCACCAACGGCGUCGUGCCCACGCCGUCGACAACACCCGCCGGCAAGCCCAAGCUCCUGCCCCAAUUCAAGUUUGUCUGGUCGAUGAUUGGCAUCAAUACGCUCAUCUUCAUCGUUGAAAUUGCGGAAAAUGGCUGGACCGUCGAGAGCCUCAAGGUCAACCCGCUCAUUGGCCCGAGCGCCCAAGUGCUUUUGUCCAUGGGCGCCCAGCGUACGGAUCUCAUCAAGGACGGCGCGUGGUGGCGCCUCUUCACCGCCAUGUUCCUCCAUGCGGGCGUCGUCCAUCUUCUCUUCAACAUGGCGGCGCUCUACCAGCUGGGCAUGGAGCUCGAGUCGACCUUUGAUCGCCGACGCAUCGCGACCAUCUACUUUGCGACCGGUAUCAUCGGCGCCAUUGUCUCGGGCUUUUUCGUCCCGGAUGUCGUUGGCGUCGGCGCGUCCGGCGCGAUCUUUGGCCUCUUUGGCGCGACCUUUGCCGAGUUUAUGCUCAACUGGAAGCUGUACACGAACCGCGUGUGCCACAUGACCAACUUGGUGGUCGUUGCGCUCGUGAACCUCGGCAUUGGGCUGCUGCCGUUUGUCAACAACUUUGCGCAUCUCUCGGGCUUUAUCAGCGGUCUCAGCCUCGGGUUUGCGAUGCUGAGCCUGCCGCUGAGCCGCCAAGACCGCAUCAUGGGCACCCGCACGAGAAAACAGCGGCUGCUCGGGUGGGGCGGCAUGCUCUUCACUGCAUUCUUUGCCAUCCUCUUCAUUGCUCUCUUCGCCAGCAACACAAACGCGAUGGCGGCGUGUCCGUGGUGCAAGUACCUCGACUGCGUCCCAGCGCCUUGGUGGGACUGCGAUGCGACGACGAGCGGCCAGUGCUUGGGCGAAAAGUUCAACAAUGGCACGCUGCGGGUGACGUGUCCGAGCGGCCGGAACGUGACGGCGCCGACCAACAGCGAGUUUACGGCCGCGCUCUGUACUUCGCUGUGCACGUGAGCCGCCUCGACCGAUCUCCCUCGUUAUAUACUCCUUCAUGUACCAUGCAACCCUAUUCCCUACCAAACGAGACCAUCGAAUGUCUAUUCUCUGGCCG